AUGCCGGGAUUUGCAUAAUGAACGAAGAAAGGUUGAUGCGCUCCCGUGUGUUUGAUAACCUGGCAGGGAAUUUCUAAUUGCCAAACAUGAAGGAAAACGAAUCAAGAGGAAUCGAUUGCCACCUUUAUUGCACAAGGAACGGAUAAUACCCGUAGAAGCUUCAGAAAUGAGUGGUGUUUACUUGGAAAAUGAAAAUUAUCAGGAAUAACCAUUAUUUCCGAGGGAUUUGAGUACCCGAACGUCAAUUAUGAUAGAUGGAGCUCUGAGCAGUGUACAAAUUCUUUUGGAGGGAGAUCUCGUGUAUAUUGAUGAGACAUUCGCUAUGUAGCAAUGUUUAAUUAUGGCUGUGAGGGAAAGCGCUGUUGGGACCGUGUCCGUACUAACAUAGAGCCGAGUUUUGGACCAGAGAAACGAAAUUUUUUAUCUUGAACAAAUCGUGCUUUGUGUUGAUAACACGAUGAAAACAGGAAAAACCGGUUUGCCGGAUAUUGGGAAAUAUCACACCUUUAUUGUCUAAAAUCCUUCACGCGUGCUGUAUGCGACAGGAUUUAUGCUCGUAGUCUCAUCAAAAUGAAGGUUGUUUUCCUGUACGAUAAACCAACGCUCGGUUCUUUUAAUUUAUGAAGCGUGUAGCGCUUGUCACGCGGCAUUUUACCUGUUCUGAAAAUGUAUGUGCCAUGCAUUAUUUGUGACACGUUAUUUUUGCUUUGUCAUGGUCUUGACAAAAGCGAAGGACAUAUUUGCAUGUGGACAAAAUAAAUCUUGGAUAAGGUAUUCAGUUUCCCUAUAAGAUACUUGUGGAAUAUUUACAUUUCGAGCAAACCUCGUCUUAUUUUGAUUGUAUUUCUACGAUACAUUUAUAACUUUAAAAAGACUUGAAUUUCCCGUCGUUAUGUUUCGCUUGAAUGACGACGAUGCGGUUGCUUUGAAAUGAAUGAAUUGAAUAGCGAUUGUAAAUUAUCUUUAGUAUCAAACGCUGACUUGAAGUUUAGCACAGCUUAGCGGUAAUUUUUUUAACCUAGUUGUGGUAGGCGCUUUAGUGUAGCCUUCCAUCCCUCCUAGUUGUAGAUUACGACUAACGCGGCCUGCCACGCUCUGUGUUAUGCCCUCGUGUGACGUACGCAAGUGUAUUAUUGUAUCACGUGAUGCCUUCCUAACACGCAUGCGCUCUUAUGCCUUGUUUCCUGUUCGUUGGUCGAGCAAAUGGCGAAAAGUAAGGGAAUUUCGUAAGCCAAAAUAAGCUGGUAAACAACUCCUUUCGCGGCAAAACGCAAUCAUUUAGCAAGUGGCAAGCAUCAUAGAAGCAUUGAAUAUAUAUAUUGUUUCGUUGGUGGAUAUCUACGUGGAGAUAUCGGGGUGGAUUUGUGUGGUGUUAGCCAGGGUUUAGAUGACUGUUAGCAAACUUACUAGAGCAUCGUGCGACCUUCCAAGGUUUUGUGGCAAGCUUGUGCUGGGGAUCCAUUUUGGUGGCAGCUGAUAUGAUGGGGGACUAUUAUGGUCUGCCCUUGAGUGACCCCAUCCUUUCUAGUACCUUCUAAAUAUUGCAUUUAUUGGCAAAUGUUCACUCAUGACAGCAGGCACGGACAGCCCAGACCCCGGAGAAUCUUCAAAUGCAGGGAGAAUGCCAAGUGUUGUACAGCCCCGUCAUCACAUACCCUACCUGGAUCACAAUUAUGGUCAACCCCCACCUAUGACCCCGCCUGACUCAUGCAGCCCCAUUCCCGAAGACGUUGACACUGGCAACGAGGAAGAGGGGGACAGCGGCAUCACUCGUUGCAUUUGCGGGUACAAUCAUGAUGAUGGAUACAUGAUCUGCUGCGACAAGUGCAGUGUCUGGCAGCAUAUUGAGUGCAUGGGUAUAAGUUCAAAAGCAGUGCCGGAUAACUACCUAUGUGAACAGUGUGACCCAAGACCUUUGAACAAGGAACUUGCUAAAGCUAUACAAUCCAGGAAACGACAAGAAAUGAGUGAUGAUGAUGAAGACGAUGAUGACAGUGAGGAGGAGGGACAGAAUACCACCUAUACUGCUGUCUCCAACACCCCAACCAGAAUAACUCUCACAGCAAAAGUCAGCCGUCAGAAGAGAAAGAGAACUGUAGGCAAGAAUAAGGUGGACAAGGAAAAGGACAAGAUGAAUAAGCGAAGAAAGCACCCCAAGCAGAGGUCACCAAACUUUUUACCUGUUGAUGAGGACACCAACAUGGCCUGGGACAACAACUAUGCUUACGAAGACUAUGAAGAGGCAGUAGAAAACAUUUAUAGUAAAGAGCUUGAAGACCUGGUGCUAAGUGUCAAGGAUGACUCCACCAAUGGUGUGUCAGUACCAGAGGGGAAUGUGCAGUUUUGUGAAGUUGUGGACGUCCAAAGGAAUAACAAGGGUCUUGUAACUACUGAAGAUUUGAACAAAAACCAGUUCCUCAUUAAAUGCAAAGGCAGAAUGAUGCUUGGUUCUAAUUUUGAAAAGGAAAAUCAAUUCUUCAAAAGGUACAGUCCUCAUGUGCUAUUUUAUGACAAGCUGGACCAUCUGUGCUUGUGUGUAGAUGCUCGUACUUUCGGAAAUGAUGCACGCUUUGUUAGGAGGUCUUGUUCUCCUAAUGCAGAGGUGCGUCAUUUCUUCUCUAAUGGAAAGCUGUGCCUGGCUUUAUUCUCUCUUUGUCCGCUGCCCAAGGGGGCAGAGAUUACAAUACCAUUUGAGCACUCUUUGCACGAGUACAAGAGUCACCUGACAUGUGCCUGCUCCCAGGACACCUGUGCUGUUGUCAAGUUUAACCUCCGAUGCCAGCAGCCUAACCACAAUUCACAAGACAAGCUGCACCAGCAGUUCUCAGCACCAUUACCAACUGCUGACGAUAGCAGUAACUCUGGACACCACCACCAUAAUAAGAUGUCACCUCUCCGAAUGGCCCUGCCUGGCCACAAUAGCUUCCAUGGGGACAGUGAUUCAGACAUUGAAAACAACCCAGAUCGAUCCCUCGAGGGUGAGAGCCAGCACAAAAAGCUCAGCAGAGAAGAAAGGAAACUUGAAGCCUUAGUAAAGCAAAUAGAGAAAAUGGAAAAGAAAGAAAAGAAAAGGCAACAGCCAACAAAAGACCAUAGACUUAUAACAAGGACUCCAUCUGAAGAAGGAAAGAUCUUGCAAAGGAGUAUAGGUCCAAAAAUCUCUAAGCGAAUGAAUCAUAAGCGAAGGUCCAACGGUGGGUCUGCAAUGAAGAAAAAACGCCCAAGAAUGUCGAGUUGUUCAUCCGAGCCUCACUCUGCAGAUGAAGCUAGCAGCUCUGCAUCAACACCCACAACACCUAAGACCGUCUCAACUAUUCCUGAAGAAGCAACUUCUGUCACACCCUCAACAUCCCCCAGUAGAAAUUUCCGUUUCCCCAAGACGAAGAUGAAGGAUGACAGCCAUGGCCAUCCUCUUAAACUUAUUAUCAAGACAGAAGGAGGAGAAUCAAAUGCUACAUCCUGUCUAAGCUCUCCUUGCAGUCCACGGGAAAGUGAAACUGAAACCAAGCCAACACCAAGCAUUGCAAGCAGCAACAGCGACAUUGCCAUGGAUGAGGAGGCUGAUGGUGGUAUGGUGGACGAGAUGGGUGGUUCCUCCAUGGAUGACCAUAGGUUUAUGUCCCUUGCUGGUCGACUUGCUGAGUUUAGUAGUGUUGCUAGCAGCGAAAGCAACACUCCUAGUCCAUGUCCAUCAACAUCAGCAUCACCUACCUGUUCUGAGAGCGUGAUGAAUGGCUACCCACCACUAGUGUCCAGUGGGCGGAGUCCUGGGCCGGCACCUGGGAGCCCACUCUCUGCGGUCUUGCAUGGUCCGCAAGCAUCCAGAUCUAGUCCGCUGUACUGCUCCCUCAAAAAGCGCUGGUUAUGUCAGUUCUUAUAUGGGUACAAUAUGCCAGAAAACAAACCACCAAAUGGCUUAAAGCAAAGGGUUCCUGUUUCACCAAUCAGUGGUAGCAAGAGCAGCACAAGAACAAUUAAGGAGCCCUUGCCAUUGAAGAAGAGACAUCUCAAGACUUUUCAGGACACCCCAGUCACAGAUAUGUGUUCAACAACAUCAUCUCUGGCAUCUACUAUCAGCUUUUCAACUGCACCAACAGUCAAUCAUGUGUCGAAUCGACCCUCAGAUUGUCCUUCUAGUGAACUCUUGUCUUCUCCACCAAAUAUAAGUACUUUGGUUAUUACUGCACCAAGCGUCAUAACAUCUGUGGCAUUACCGGAAGAAAAGCAGUCUUUGGUACAUGAUUUAACACCAAGUGAACACCAAACAAACUUAGCAGUAUCAGUCUGUGAACCGGGAAACUAUUCACAGUCAUUACUUGGCACUUAUUCUAGACAAUUAGACACGCGGACAGACCAGAUACAUGUGGAUGCGAAGCCUGAGUUAAGGACACCUCUUGUAACAGCUGAUAUCUCACCAGAGCAACCCUCUCCAAGAUCUGAACUUGAGAAAAGGGCUAUUUCGGAUUACCAGCCCUUGACUAUUAAUGCGAGCUAUCACAGAAGGCCCAGUGAACCGAGAAUAGUGAGUCCAGCUGGGAGCUCCUUGGCGUCACCUACCUCUAUAGCGACUAGUGUCAUUACGGGUGUCACUGGGUUGCAUCCUGUCACUGUGUCCCACCACCAGCCACUAAGUGUUAUUACUAGUCUGGUGUCGGCAUCUGUUAGCAGUACCACUGAUAUGCAAAAUUCUACCCCUGGAAAGAAAAAGGUUUCUUUGCUUGAGUAUCGCAAAAGGUCCCAGCAGCGUCUAUCUGGUGACAGCCCAAGGUCCACCACAGCCCCUUCAGUCGUCAACAGUAGCCUGUCACCUUCUUCCACACCCUCCAGCACACCCCUUAAGGGAACUUCAAGUAGCCCUUUACAAAACAUGUCAACCUCAAAUGUGGACUCCCAUACUGGUGUGAGCCAGAUAUCCACUGCAGGUGGAGUUAGCAGUACUAAUGGGCCUUGUCUUGAACCUGUCAGUCCAGACGAUGAUGAUAGCCAUAGUAAUGGUUCUUUUCGCUCCUCUAGUAGCCUGACGGCGACGUCAACCUUGCUGACUGGUAGUCCCAAGUUUGGGUCCCUUGCUACCGUGGAUCCUGUCCUUAGAAAACAGCUAGUUCAGAAGAACAAAGAGAUGCUCACAAGAAAGCAGGAAGGGAUCUCAAAAUUCAGCAAGCAGCUCUCAGCAAUUAUAUCAGAACAACUUCAGAAAGAUGCUAACUCAUCCCCUGGUAGCAACAGCACUAGGUCCCCGUCUACAGGGUCCCACUCUCCCAGCGUGCCUCCCCCACCCCCACCCCCACCGGAGCAGCCUGGUAAGCGUGAUGCCAUGGAUAUCGAGGACGAGGAGGGCCAGCCUAGUGGGUCUAAGAUUCUUGUCAAUACACCCAUCGCACCCACCCGCUUAGCGUUACCACAGCAACCGAUGAACCACGUGUCUGACUACGCCCAGGUUCAUUCACAGCAGCCGCCGCCAGAUUACCACCUCGCCUUGCACCAGCAACACCACCACCACCCUCACAGCCAGCCCUCCUUGCUGGCUCCUCUCAUCACUGUGCCGGGACAGCUUCCCACCCCCUCUCAGCCGCAAGGGACGCGCAUCAGCCAGCCCACCUACCUCAUGCCGCCGAACCAGGGCGUGCCCUCACACGUGGCAUACCCACCAUCCUAUGCGCGCAAACCACCCUCACAAGGCGCCAGCUAUUACAAGCAAUGACAGCGUAGACCAUAACCCAUUGUACAUAGUCAUUAUUAUACCUCGACUCUUGUAGAGUUUACUGUCAUUAGCAUUGUGGGUCCUUGUGCUUCUUGAUUUCUCAGACACUUUUAUCGAUACCGUUUGACCCCUCAAUUAGGGGUUUAGCCAAGGUUUUGGUUUAGGAUUAAUUGUAAAGAUGUUUUGCUGGAGGCGUUCGCAGGUUUGCGCCGCCCAGAUUGGUGUGAAUAAGGAGUGAUGGUUCAUAGUAAUAAUUGUAUCUUAAAGCGAUGUUUGACUGGAUUCAAUAAGUAUUGUAACUGGUUGCGUAGCAACCGUUACCGUGAGCCAGCGAAAAGGUUUCGCGAGGUCGAACUCUUUGCUUGGUCGAACUGUAUGCAGAAACCAACGGAACUCUUGCUACGCAGUCUAAAUGACAUAUUGUAGAGGUACACUUCGUGGUGUAUUCAGUCACAACCAGUCAGGCAUCAGAAGAAUGCUUUAUUUUUUGCAGUUAUACAUUGAAAGUGGCGGGGAGAUAAAAUAAGUUUAUUAAAGACAUUCGUAAAACAAGUCCCCUGUUAUAUAACCACACACCAUCCAAAAUUUACACCGUUGUAUUUUAAGAUGGUUGUAUAGUGUUCAAUAAAUGUACAUGCCGUAUACCGGCUAUUUUA